AUGGGAAAGGGAUUUCAAAAUUUCAUGUCCAAAAAGGACUUCCAUCCGUCCGCAUUUCGGAAUCUCAAAAUGGUGUGGGAAGCGAGACAAAAGGAAACAUUGAAGAAUAAACGAGAAGAAGAGAUGCGUGUUGCAUACGAAAAGGAGCAAGAAAUUUUGAAUAAUAAAGCUCUCCUUGGAGACGAGAAGGCAAAAAUGGGACUUUCCUUCAUGUACGAUGCUCCAGCUGGUAUGACAAAACGAGAGGAACCGAAAGAGGAGCCAAAGUUCGAAUGGCAAAGGAAAUAUCAAGCUCCUCGUGAAGAUUGGGCAAAAGGAAACGACGAUAUUCAAGAUCAGCCAUUCGGAAUUCAAGUGAGAAAUGUCAGAUGCUGUAAAUGCCACAAAUGGGGUCAUAUUAACACGGACAGAGAGUGUUCAUUGUUUGGAAAAUCCGGUAAUUUCGAGGAUGAAGGAUACGCCAACAAUCCGUCUGAUCUCAUCAAAGAUCUCCGACGACGACGACAAGAAGGAACCUCGGGACCGUCUAAGUCGACAGCGACAGCAGCAGAGGACGAUGACGACGAAUGGAUGGACCAUCAACAGUUGGCUAGCGAUAUGCGAGAAGAACACGGUAUUGUACUGAAAGGUUCAGUAUUGGCUGGAAUGCAAACCGAUCAGCAGCUGACAAGAAUGAAGAAGGAGAAAACUGAGGAAGAGGAAAUGUUGGAGUUCUUCAAUUCGAUGAGUGAUAAGCAGAAAAGGAAAUUAAUGAAGAAGUUGACAAUGGGAGGAGCUAAUUGGCAAGACAUCAUUAAUAAGAGAAGUAAAAAAGAUAAGAAGAGUAAGAAAGAGAAAAAGAAGAAAGAUAAGAGAAAGAAAAGCAGAAAAGAGUCAUCGGAUUCAGAUGAAAGCGAAGAUGAUUGGACUGAACAAAAGACAUCGAAAAGAGUAAAAAAAGAGGUUGAGAACUCUCCGGAUUACCGCACCAAAAAGAUCAAGGAAGAAGUGGAAUCAAGUGGCGAUGAGGAUCAGAGACGAAAGGAAUCCAGGAAACGCGCACGUCACGACUCUGAAUCGCCAGUGAGGAAUCGAAGAAACUCUUCUGAAAAGCCAAAAACACGACGGCGUCACGACUCUUCUGAAGAUGAACGCCGAUCGAGAUCUCCAGUUCAGAAGCGUAGGAAGUCUCCAGAAAAAAAUCAUCACUCCCCCGAAAGCCGACGCCGUUCUUCACCUUCAACAUCGAGAAGACGUCGUUCACCGUCUCCGUUAGCUGAGAAAAGACACUCAUCACGGUCACCAAUCCAAAAACGCAAACCUUCUAGAAGAUCACCAUCACCACCUAGAAGACGUCGCUCACCAUCUGCUACUCGGUCCCCGGCCAGAAGACGUCGUUCUUCACCAUCGCCGAUACGUGGCAAAAAGAAUCACCACAUGUCUCCAUCUGCCUCUCCGCCUAGAAGACGUCGUGACCAGACGAAGUCUCCAGUUCGCGAUAGAUCCGAGUCACCUAAAAUGUGGUCGAAGCAACGAAGAAGUCUUCAUUCACCUAUUCAAACCAAUAUGGACACAAAUUUUAAGUUAUCCAACUACAUCGGAACUGUGUAUCGAGACGGACAAGUGACGUUCACUAGAGAUGGCGACUCGGUUAUCUCUCCAAUCGGCAAUAAACUGUCAAUUUUCGACCUAAAAAACAACGUCGCAAGAACAUUAGAUUUCGGCUGCAAGUUUAAUAUCAAACGAGUUUCAAUAAGUACUACGGGAUCACACUUAUUAGUAGCUGACGAACGAGGAGAUGUGCAUUUCGUUAAAAUAUCCACCGGAGCGAGUAUUUUCAAUUAUCGUAGUAAUGCACUCAUUGGAGAUCUCAAAUAUUCGCCGAAGGGAACAAGAGUAGUUGUCUGUCGUGAGAACGAUCUUCAAAUUUUCAACUUGGGAAAGUCCCGCAAUUACACGAUCACUCCACUUCAUCUGAGCAGAACGUAUAAGUUGAGUAGUGAAAGAUUGAGAUGUGUAAACUGGUCGGACGAUUCGAAUCUUCUCGUGGCUGGAGGAGAAGACCGAGUUCUCCGUGUGGUUGGUUCCAAAGACUUCCAGAAUCUCUUCAUUCACCCUUUAUCUUCCCAUAAGGGCAGCAUCGUGCAUUGUCAGUUCAUGAAAGGAACUUAUGAUAUGAUUUCUGUCUGCAAAAGAGGCAUUGCAAACGUUUGGACAUGUAAUCUUACACCGGGAGACUUGAAAAAAGGCGUUUGGAAGAAAAACGAAGAAGGCGUCGAUGAUGUUGAAAUGGAAGAUGACGAGUCGAAAGUUGAUAAGAUAUUUUUCGAAAAAACCAACAAGUAUUGGCUCACCGAGUCUUCUGGAUCCGGAAAAUCCGUAGACGUCACAGCUGCACAGUACAGUAAAGAUACCAAAAUUCUUGCAACAGCAUUCAAUAACGGAGUGAUUGUUCUUCACGAAAUUCCAACUUUCGCGUUGAUUCACAACUUGCGCAUUUCAGAGAUGCGAAUUCAGACAGUUGAAUGGAAUCUAAGUGGAGACUGGCUCGCUAUUGGAUGUGGAAAAGGAUCAACUGCGCAGUUGGUUGUUUGGGAGUGGCAAACAGAAUCAUAUGUGAUGAAACAACAAGGUCAUUCGCUUCGAAUUACUACUGCUGAAUACUCGCCAGACGGAGCACUCAUCGCUACCGGAGCAGAAGACGGAAAAGUGAAGAUUUGGAAUUCUAGAUCAUCGUUUUGUACAGUUACUUUCGAUGAGCAUACUUCUGGCGUGACUUCUGUCAAGUGGGCACAAUCCGGACGAGCUAUUCUGAGUGCCUCGCUUGAUGGAACCAUCCGAGCUCACGAUUUGAAGCGUUAUCGAAACUUCCGAACUUUUGUAUGCCCGGAGCCCACCCAGUUGGCAACACUGGCAGUCGAUAAAGCAGGAGAUCUGGUUGUCGCAGGAGCCAAGGAAGUUUUUAAUAUCUACAUUUGGUCAUUUGAGUCUGGCCAUCUUUUGGAUAUCCUGAGUGGACACGAAUCGGCUGUUUCAGCUAUUGAUAUUCAUGGAAAUCAUAUUGUCAGCGGAUCGUGGGAUCGUACAAUCAAGGUCUGGACCAUCGUGGAUUCCCAAGCGGAGACUGUGGAAGUUUCCCAUGAAGCUCUCGAUGUGAAGUUCUCACCAGCUGGAGAUGUGAUCGCUGUUCUCACUUCCGAUGGAGUUAUCACCUUCUUUGAAGCUAAAGAGAUGCUGAAUCUGGGAACUAUUGAUACCAAACUGGAUACUGAUCCCUCGCGUGGAUCUCGUGACACGAUUACCAGACAGUCAGCUGCCAAGACCAAAACGUUCACAAGAAUUCGAUUCUCUCCAAAUGGAAACAUGAUUUUAGCCGGUGGAGAUUCUAACAACUUUUGCAUGUAUUCUGUCCCUGAUCGUUUGAUAUUGAAAAAAUGGAAAAUCACCGAAAACCGUAGUCUGGAUGGCGUUGUGCUUGAUUUCAAUCGCCGCAAUUUCACAGAGUUUGGAAACAUGCAACUUGUCGAUACUUCCGAUGAGAAUGAGGACGAUGAACCGAACAACAAGAUGGCUAUCAAGCUCCCAGGAACUAAAAAUUUCGAUUUGGGUGAACGGAGGUCUCGACCGGAAGUGAAUAUCUAUGAAGUGACUUUCUGCCCAACCGGUAGAAGAUUUGCUGUCUGCUCAACAGAAGGAGUUGCUGUUUACUCGUUGAACACCUUGUCUAUUUUCGAUCCGUUCCAACUUGACAGUAAAACUACUGAUAAAGUCAUCGACAGAGCUUUGGGAAAUAAUGAUUACGCAACUGCUUUAAUGGCUGCUCUCCGUCUUAACAAGUCAGAUCGCAUCACCGAAUGCAUAGAGGCUACGGGUGUUACACAGAUCCCUCUUGUUGCUGGCUCUCUUUCAACAUUGUAUGCGGAACGUCUUCUGAAGUGGAUGGUCGAAGGUAAUGUAAUGUCGUCUACUGACGAGGUUCAUUUCUAUAUGAUUUGGCUCCGUGCAGUCCUUCAAGUCCAUGGCAUGCAGCUGAAAGGAAUUGUUGAUGUGGCAACUCUCACUGGAGUCCAGCAACUUGUAGCUCUUCAUCAGGAGCACAUUAAAAAACUCGCCAAUCAAGCCAAGUUUAGUUUGGGCUGGAUCACACGAAUUCGCAAAUCUAAGCCAUCAAACAAAGCGAAAGAAGCGUCAGAGAAUGACGACGAGGAGGAUGAUUCAGAUUUGUCGGACGAGGAAGGUUGGGAGAAUCCGUUAGGCAGUGAUGAAGGGGAUUCUCUGAUAAUAGAUGAAUGA